AUGAUGGGAUCUAUUGGUAUAAGAUGUUUGUCAUUUUAUUCACCAUAUGAAAUACUUCAAUGUGAUGAUAAUAAUGAUCCAUGUCAAUUAAAUAAUACUGGAUAUGUUCCAAAAUGUACUUAUUAUUAUUUUGAAAUGUCUCAUGUAAUAACAAUGAUAACAUCUCUUAUAACAUGGCAUUAUGGACUUCGUUAUUUAGUUAUUAAAUUAGUUCGAUUUAUUCGAUGGAUUAUGUUUAGAAAUGAUGAUCAACCACGAAUUUUAUGUUGCAUUUGUUCUUGUUUUCGUUCAAAACAACGUAUUAUUAAAUAUAUUAUGUAUUUUCAAUAUAUUGGUUUGUGGAUUUAUUAUUUCUGUAUGGUAUUCCUUGGUUUUAUGUUUAAUCUGAGCAUCACACGUACUACUGUUCUUACAUUAGGAUCUGUUUGGAUGCCUAUACUAUUAGCAGUAGAUCGAUUAUUGGGACUUAUUGCAGCUAUCAUACCUGAAUUAUUAGAAAAUUGGUUAAAUAUAUCAGCAAAACUCGAAUAUUUACAAAUUUUAAAUUCUAAUCAUUUGCAUCUCAAGAAUUUCGAACCUCUUAUUCAUUUGAUUAAUAAAAAAACAAAAAAUUCUAAAUUAACUGCAGACAAUAAAUUAUCAAACAAUAUCAAAACUAUUAUCGAAUAA